UCAAGUUGUCCCUAAAAGAGGGGGGAAUUGUUAUGAUAUUUUAGAAGAAAGACGACAGCAGGAUUUCAAAGAAUGUGGCACUGAAGUACAUGGAACCACCAGAAGAUGGCGGCAUUGACUCAGUAAAAGAGCCAGUCGCCUCACAAAUACCAAAGAGUUUCAGAAGUCAGGAGGCUUGGAGUGGAACAACCGGCUCUCAAAGAUAUAUUAGACAGGGACUAUUAAUACACUCAUUAAAGACCUACGGAUUUAAUAAAGAUUAUUAUUAUUUUCCAAAAUGCGUUAGUUUAUAUUUUAGGGUUGGUAAUUCUGGUCCGCCCUUCAUUGCUGUAGAUGGCGGUAAGGCAUCUUUAAUGCUGGUUGCCAGCCCCAAUACAACCGUAAAAACAAGAAGAAGAAGAAGAACACCACAGAAGAAGAAGAACCACACUGCGCAUGAGUAAAGUGACAGGUAAAAUAUGACCGUUGUGUACUAGUUUCUACCCCUUUUUAAAAGCAUGGCUCUGGUCCCAUACGUAGAAAAUCCGUUACCUGCCCUUUCGAAACUCCAUAAUUCAUCAGCACAGUUUCGCUUUGCUAACCAUGACCUCCAUCUUACCCAGGACUGGAAGAAACUCGGGGUAGCAGCCGUUGUAUGGGAUGCGGCUGUUGUUAUGUGCAUAUACCUGGAGAUGGGGAAGGUGGAGUUGAAGGGGAAGGAGGUCAUUGAACUCGGAGCUGGUACUGGAUUGGUGGGAAUUGUCGCAGCACUGCUUGGUGCAAAAAGAGUGACCAUCACGGACAGAGAGCCUGCCCUGGACUUCCUGUCUGCAAACGUGAAGGCAAACCUACCCCAGGACUCCGAAGGAUCAGUGGCUGUGUCAGAGCUGACUUGGGGUGAGGGCCUUGAACGUUACACAGCAGGGGGUUAUGAUGUGGUGCUGGGAGCAGACAUCGUUUACCUGGAGGACACCUUUGUGCCGCUGCUGCAGACUCUGGAGCACCUGUGUUCGGACACUUCCGUGGUCUUACUGGCCUGCAAGAUCCGCUACAAGCGAGAUACAGACUUUUUGAGCAUGCUGAAGCAGCGUUUCACCGUAGAAGAGGUCUACUACGACAAACAGAGGGACAUCCAUGUGUAUAAAUCUUGGAAAGUGCCACCUCGGAAGGAUUUGUGACAUCAGUUUUCAUUCAUUGACGGUCUUUGUAAUAAAAUACUGAUAAGAAUCCAAUAAAAUAAACAAAGAUUACCAGAAACACAUUUAUUAACAGCUGCCAAAAAUGUAAAUAUUUGAAUAGCUCUAACAUAAUGCACUGUAUUAUACAAGUUGGUGCUGACAUUUAGAAAGUGUGAAUACAAAAUUAAUGAUAAGCAACAUUAAAAAAAAGCAUACUAUGUCAUGACUAUACAUAAUACCUAACAUAAUACGACAUGGCAUUCCAUUGUGAUGACAUUUUUGUUCGCGGUGAAGAAGUCCAUUUGAAUUGCUCGCACUUAAUCCUCUUCUUGAUUUGAUAGGUGUAAUCCAGACGUUCUGGAUGAGAACGGACACUCCACAUAUCUAAAACCGUCCCAUACGAUGCAUGAUAAUGCCUUGAUAAUUAAUCAGCAAUAAAAUGCAGAUGGACACUU